AUGUUUUUACUGCUUAACUGUGAUUAUAAAGUAUUACUACUCUUGUAAAUGCUUUAAGAAAAAAAGAGUUGCUUUUUCUUCUAUUUAUUUACCAAUUUAUUUAUUUUUAAGAAUUCAUUUGUGGCUAGCCUUGUACAUUAAGAGUUUGCUAUACAGGUGAGGAUUUUAAGAUAGUUGGAUAAACCUAAGAUUUACUCUUUUUAUUUCUAAUGUACAUUACUAGUGAUUUAAGUAAUUAAUAAAUAGAUACCAUGA